AUGUUUGCCAAAAUGGCGUCACCACUGGACAACUUUGUCCCACACCUGCGAUUAUCAUCCCAAUCUAAGGAUCUCGACAAAUCAAAUUCAUCUUUUUUAUCCCUGGUGAGAAACAGACCAUCUGCAAGGAUGAGUGCAAGUCAAUGGGAUUGGUCGCUGGCUUCGGCCGACGGCCUGCUGACCUAUAAUGAGAAGUCGUCGCUGCUCGAAGUCGACCUCUUCGCCACUGAUGACGAUCUGCUUAAGAACUUCUCCAGCGCAGCAGCUGCAACGAAGAUCGAAUCGAACUAUCUUCCCGACGACGUGUCCAUCACGUUGUACCCACCAUCCCCGCCCGAGGCUAAGCCGAAUCGCGCUGAUCUCGCUAGCGAUCUUCUGCAGCAGCUAGACAAUCAAUGCAAACAAGAAAACAUAUUUUCCAACUGGCUGGAAGAGAAGGUGGAGCUGCCCAUUUUCGAGAACAUCUCGCAAGUUCCGGAGCUCGUUAAUGUGCCCCAACCGGUGUAUCCCCAGCAGGUCGCGCCGCAGCCCACUGAAGAUCUAUUGCGCGAAUUUGAGACGGUGUACGGCGCUGUCGAGCUCACCCACCUCACUCCGCCGCAGAGUCCACCCGGCCCGGCCACGCAGCUGCUGCUCAGCUACGCGCAACAAGCUCAGUGCUCUAUUCCACCCGUGCACGUGCCCGAACAGUGGCCGAUCCACGCCCCAGUAGUGCCCGACUACAACUCGCAAGCUCUCGAAGAGUUGGUUCGCCACCGCGCCGCGCAAUUGACCUCACCUUUACCAUCCGGCGACAGCGUAUCACCGUCGUCUUCCCCGCCGUCGUCACCGCGCUCCUGUUCCACGGACGACGAGUGGGAGAGCACCUCCCGCCCGAAACCCUACUCGCGCAACGUAGACGACCGCCGCUCCCGCAAGAAGGAGCAAAACAAGAACGCGGCGACGCGCUACCGCCAAAAGAAGAAGGCAGAGAUCGAAGUCCUCCUAAACGAGGAGCAAAAUCUACGCAAACGCCACGUAGACCUCGGCGACAAGUGUUCAGAUCUGCAGCGCGAGAUCCGAUACCUCAAGGGCCUGAUGCGCGACCUCUUUAAAGCGAAAGGACUAAUCAAAUAA